AUGGGAGGAAAAGUUGAUUCAUCCAUCAACACGGGCAACGCACCAUACAUAUUUAGACUUAGUGGUCAAAAUUAUCAUAGUAUGGGAAGUCUUCUACCGACAGGUGGAUCUAGACCAAAAUUCUGUCAGUUAUACAUAUAUGAUACGGAGAACGAGAUUUCAAAUAGAUCAACAAGUAUUGGUGGACCAAAGAGCGCUUCUACAUCAACUUCAAUAUCAUAUGAUCUCCAGAUUAUAGAAUUUUUGAAGGUUAUGUUAGAUUCAAACAAUGCGUUGGUCAAGUUUUAUAGGAUGGUAAGAGACAGUCUUCACGAAAAUCCAGGUGCUAAUUUGAAGUUAAGAUUAAUCGGAAAAAGAGAACAAGAUGGAAGGACGUAUAACUUACCAACUUCUUCUGAGGUAGCAGCUUUAAUUGUUGGUGACAUUUGUGAUUCAAUUGAAAAAAGGGACAUCAUUGUUGAAACCGCAUCUGGAUUACUAAAACGUAUCAGUGAGUUACAUCCUUCUUACCUUGCUCUUCAGUAUCCAUUACUAUUUCCAUAUGGAGAUGAUGGUUAUAGAGUUGACAUCCUUCAUAGAAGUAUAACAGCUUCAAGUAACAGCAAACGCCCGACAUAA